CGUGAUUUUACCAGAGUUAAAAAUGGCGACGCUCAUGGUGCACGUGUAAACGGUGUAAACUGAGUUUCAAAACAAUAAAAUCCUUAUUAAUAUUGUGGAACACGCGUUGAAUUAACUAGGAAAAUUCAUUAUGAAGAAAUCUGGAGCAAAGGUUAAGUAUCCGGGAAAAGCACCUGUCAGCAAAGAAAAGCUAGCGAAGCAUGGCAGAGGCGAAGGUUUGGAUUUACGAGCUGGUAGUAGUAGAAUUCGGACGAAAAUUCAAAGACAAAGGUUAAGGAUAAAAGAACGCGUGAUUGAAAAAGCAACGGAACAAGCUGCAAGGACGGAACUUUUGCUUACGGAAGAACCUGGUUUUCUGGAAACAGAAGCUGGUGAAACAACAACUCAGUUUAGACAAAAACAAAUCGCCGAAAAUGUUGAUAUCACAAGUGCUACCAAGCACUUUGAUUUAAAAAUGGAUUUUGGACCUUAUCGCAUGAGAUACACAAGAAACGGCAGACAUUUGCUUGUUGGUGGAAAACUUGGUCAUCUCGCUGCUUUUGACUGGGUUACUAAAAAAUUAGCCUGUGAACUAAACGUCAUGGAAUCCAUUCAUGAUGUGGCUUGGUUACAUGUUGAAACCAUGUUUGCUGUUGCACAAAAAGACUGGACUUAUAUUUAUGACAACACUGGAAUCGAGUUGCACUGUAUAAAGAGAAUGUAUGGAGUUACCAGACUCGAAUUUUUGCCUUACCACUUCUUACUUGCCAGCUCCUCCAACCAAGGGUUUCUUGUUUGGCUCGAUGUCUCGAUUGGACAAAUUUUGUCUCGAUUUGAUUCGAAACUUGGCAGAAUUAAUGUAAUGACGCAAAAUCCAAGCAACGCAGUUCUAUGCGUGGGAAAUUCAAAAGGAGUAGUUUCAAUGUGGUCUCCAAACAGUCGUCAACCUCUCGCCAAAAUGUUAUGUCAUCACGAAGCGAUAACAGCUUGCAACGUUCAUCCUCAUGGUACAUACAUGGCGACUGGUAGUUGUGGUCGUUCACUGAAAAUCUGGGACAUUCGUCAAUUGGCUGGUCCUGUCAAUUCAGCAGUUUUACAAUCUCCAGCUCAUAAUAUCUCGUACAGCCAAACGGGACUUCUUUCUGUUUCAAUGGGAAAUAUUGUGGAAGUUUAUCGAGAUUCACACAACGAUUCCAUAAAACGCUACAUGAGUUACAAGUCCAAUUGGCCUGUUUCGGGGAUGCAAUUUUGCCCGUACGAAGAUGUAUUGGGUAUAACAACAGCGAAAGGAUUCACCUCACUUUUGGUGCCAGGAAGUGGUGAAGCAAACUUUGACGCCUUGGAAGUAAAUCCGUUCCAAACGAAAACUCAGCGACGAGAGGCCGAAGUCAAAGCACUUCUUGAUAAAAUCCAACCAGAGUUCAUUACCCUCGAUCCUUCAGCCGUUGCUGAAGUUGACGUGCCAACCCUGAAGGAAAAAGUCGAGGCAAAGAAGAAACUUUUGCAUAUCAAACCAAAGUCCAUCGACUUUAAGCCUCGAAAAACGAAAGCCAAGGGCAAAGGAGGUACCGCUAAGGUCAUACGAACGAAGAAGAUCCUUAAAGAAAUUAGUAGGAAGGAAGCGGCAGAAAAACGACGCGAGGUUCAAGCAGCCGAAGAAGAAAAACGUAAAGAAGACAACUCACAGAAGUACGGUGUACUCAAUAGAUUUUUACCGAAAGGCAAAUGAUUAUUGUAGAUAAUAAUCAGUCAAUCUGACUCAUAAAUAUACAUAUAUUGUUUUGUAUCUUUUGAUAAAUCAUCAUUUCCAACAAUAAAUGAUUACAGAAGUUCUUGAGAAAUCAA